AUGUGCUGUUCAACUCCAGGUGAUAAUAAAUACUAUUUAACUGACUUUUGUGGAAGUCAAUCAGCUUGUGGUCCAAUUCCAUCAUGCUCCUCCUCCAGCUACUUCACUGCUGAUGCCCAAAGAUUUGGUUGUGGAAAAUACUUAACUAUUUGUACUGAUAGCAGAAAAUGUGUUAAGGCUAAAGUCAUUGACUCUGGCCCAGCUUGGUGGGUUGAACAAAAAGCCAAUAGACCAAUUAUUGAUGCCUCACCAUCCGCUUGUAGAGAUUUAUUUGGACAUAAAUCAUGUGGUUGGUCAGAUCAUUUAUCAAUUACCGCUACUAUUGCCAGAGCUAACGAUGGUAGACCAUUAAAUGGCACCUUCACCCUCUCAGAAGAAGAAUAUAUUCAACUUUUCAUUGACCACGAUGAAGCAUUAAUGCAAUGUGAAAAAGAAAAUGAAUGUAAUGGAGCAGGUCUUUAA